UCCGAACAAGAAUCGUCGGCCGCCUCCCUCAUCAUUUCUAGGGUUUUAGUCUCCAAAUGGCGAAUCUCAUGCAGAGAUUCAUCAGGAACCAAUCCUGUUUAAGAGCACUCCCCAGGCUUACCCCCAAUCUCACAUCACAUCAGAAGCCUUGCAUCGUCGAGUCUGUAUCUGAUCCAGUUCCUCUCACUAAUCCCGUGAUCACCAUUUCCGGAUCCUGGAUUAAGCCCGAUGAAGCUCUGCGGUUUUACCCUAGCUUCCCAAUCGGAUACGGGCUUAACCCGAGUGUGGUUCACGCUUCGGGUCUAAUGGAUACGGUGGUGGAGGGGACAGAGAAGGAGGUGGUGAUUCACGCGGAUAGUGUGAAGAAGAAGAGGAAGAAGAAGAUGAACAAGCACAAGUAUAGGAAGCUCAGGAAGAAGCAAGGUCGCAAAUCUUGAUGAGAUGAUGGGAUUAGCCAAGCGGAGUUUGCUUCAAAGUUCGUGUCUUCUCUUUCUUGGAAUGUCUCUUUCGGUGUUAGUUUUUUUUCUCAGAGAUCGUUACUUGAUCAGAAAAAAAGCUGAGAUUUUUAUUGGCUGCUUGAUUUUUUUGAUCCUGGUGACUUUUCUUGGCUGCUUUGAUUGGUUAGUAUGUUGACCUUGGAAACCCAGUGAGGAUGAGUGUUGUUGCAUGAGGCUACCUAGAAUAUUUUGGCUCAAGUCUGACUGGAUGCUCUAAGCAUUCAUCAAGUUUCUUUAACUGGGGAAGUAAUUAGUACAAGUUAAAUUUAAUUUCUUCAAGGGGGUCGAUUUGGCACUGCCGCACUGACCAUCUAAGGUUUAGUGCCAUUCAUGUAGAGUUGCUUGCUUCUACUACUGAAAUUACUUGUCUCAGAUUCACUGAGUGGUUCCAACCAUUAUCCUUAAGCCCCUAUUUCUUGUGAUUAAUGGUUCUUCUGCU